AAGUUCGGCAGGAAAAAAAGAAGCAAUGGCGAGCUCUUUGCCCCUGGACACGGUCAUGUCCUGCCCGAGACUCGAGCCUAGGAGCGCGGUCGAGUCCUCUCCAAAACCCUUGGCUUUCUCCAUCGACAGGAUCAUGUCCAAGACGACGGAGGAACGCAGAGGACCGGACAACACUGAAGGGAAACGGGCGACAGGUUUAUGUGCGCCCAUGCCUUGUAUGAUUCCCAUCCAACCUUUAGCCUACGAUCUCCAGGCCAAAGCGCUGGUGAACUACUCGGAAUUCUGGAGAGCGAAUUUCCGAGGUGCGCUGUGCGCCUCGGCGGCGGCCGCGGCGACGUGCAAAUCCAGCUGCGGUGCGUGCACGAAAACGGACUUGCUGCCAGGGAGCAGGGUUAUCAAACCCCAAGUAAUCCAUCAAGCCAUGACCAUGCCAGGCAACGCAUCUCUGUACUAUUUCAAUUAUCUGGACGCUGCGUAUCACCAAUCCGAGCUGCUCAGCGGACAUUUGUUUUCUUCAGUGGUUGCCAAUUCGCAGGCGCAGGCGAUGACUGCGCACCAAAAGCUGCUGUUGCUUGAGAGCGCAAAAUUGUCUGAGAAAGUGCCCACGCCGCAGUAUCCGCAUAAAGAGCGCCUGCCCGGACAACUGGAUCAUCUCAUGAAGGAGAACCACGGGCUGGGUUCUGAGAAGAACAUCGCCAAAGUGCACAGCAAGGCGAAUACCUGUCCUGCGGACGGGAAGCCCAAGAACUUCACGUGUGAAGUUUGUGGAAAGGUGUUUAACGCGCACUACAACCUCACGCGCCACAUGCCAGUGCACACAGGCGCCAGACCGUUUGUUUGCAAAGUGUGUGGAAAAGGUUUCCGCCAGGCCAGCACACUGUGUCGACAUAAAAUCAUUCACACACAAGAAAAACCUCAUAAAUGUAACCAGUGCGGAAAAGCUUUCAACAGGAGUUCGACGCUAAACACGCAUGUGCGAAUCCACGCCGGAUACAAACCGUUCGUGUGCGAGUUUUGCGGGAAAGGUUUCCACCAAAAAGGCAAUUACAAAAAUCACAAACUGACGCACAGCGGCGAGAAACAAUUCAAGUGCACUAUCUGCAGCAAAGCCUUCCACCAGAUCUACAACUUGACGUUUCACAUGCACACGCACAACGACAAGAAGCCGUUCACGUGCGGGACGUGCGGGAAAGGCUUUUGUCGGAACUUUGAUUUGAAAAAACACGUGCGGAAACUGCACGAAAACAACGCGGCCUGCUUACUGACGGGUGAGGAAUCGUCCAGAGCACAAAACUGAGAUUCAGUUUAAACGGACUUGAGAGACAAACAAGCUGCUUGGUGUACAAAAAAAGAAAGAAAACCCUGAAGUCGGA